UCUAAACUGCUCAUUGUUCACUAAAGCUGAAAGCAAAAUUAACCACCAUGAGGCUGUGGGUGUCUGUCCUGCUGGUCACUCUGGCCCUUUGCUGCUACCAGGCCAAUGCACUGGUCUGUCCAGCCCUUGCUGUUGAUAUAGAAAACUUCUUAACCAUGCCUAUGGAGAUGUUUGAGAAGACACUUAAAGUAUUUCCUGCACCAUCAGAUGCUGCUAAGGCAAAGUUGCAAGUGAAGAAAUGCACAGAUCAGAUGUCCAAAAAAGACAUACAAAUAAUAAUUUUGAAUAUGUUAUUGCAUUCUCCCCUGGCCUUUAAGGUUUCUGCUAAGAGGUCCAAGGUUAGUCUGAUGGAGUAA